AUGAAUCUCCCAAGAUAUCCUGACCUCACGAUAAAGCGAAUCCCGACACACUCUCCCGUACAUCCUAAUACAGUGGCAUUCCUUGGCGGAGAUGCAUGCGUUUUACGUCCUAUAUAUGUCGUGCUAAAGGAUGGUAUUCAAGUGUGGAUUGAAGGACCCCCGCUCGACCCAGAAGCUACCCAUCUUCCCUCGGUAGAGGAAUUGGAUAAUACAAAAUUAAAACAAUUGAAUGACGAGUAUCGGCGGUACCUGUUGAUAAUUGAGGACCUCACUCAAUCCAUUGACUUCGGUGCAUCUCAGAUGGCAUACCUAACGAAAGACACCUAUGGCGAAUAUUGCAUAGUACAUGACUACCGGAGGAUCAUGCAGGUCUCAUGUCCAAUGUGGGGCCCUAAAAUAUACAUCGAUGAUGUUAACAUCACGGUUUGGGGCACACAUUUUGAUAGGCACCGUGGGAUAUGGAAUGGGAGGGAAGUUGAUAUCUUCUACGCAUUCCAGGAGUAUGAUCGCAUCCUCCUGAACCGCGUAAUGUACGUCUUACGCCAUCUUGAAGGCACCGAUUGCGAUGUCACCUUCGAGUUCUACGGGCAUCUAUUGGAUAAGGACGAAACAAUUCUUGGAUAUGUCGCCGAAGCUGCCUGGGGAAGGAAUAUUGGUCUUGGAGACGAAGAACUUGUGUCAAGCGCCCUCAAACGCCUCGAGAGUCUGGGUUGCGUGUAUCGGGCUGUUUCAAGCAACAUGUUCCUUGUAUCUGAUGGGAAGUUACGCUUAUUAAUGCCUCAGAACAUCGAACGAUACAAUUGUCCGGAACUUCUCAAAAAGAAUGCAGAAUUUCACCACAACUGGGCAUUAGAUGAGCUCUUUGACGAAUUCCGGAAUUAUGGCUCAUAUGGACUCUUGAGGCUCCCUCCUCUUCGGCUGAUAAUGGAUCCCAUGGAUGUGAAGUAUCUUCGCAUGCUCCCUACUCCUGAGCGUUUAUUUAAUCACUCAUGGCGUGGAGUGUUUCUAACCACGUGCAAGUUGACUUGUGUCGAAGAGGAGGAUCAACAGAAUGACCGAGUUACAACAAGCUCCAGAAGGUCACUCAGAAAAAGAAGAUAUUUCCUUCAUGUUGACCCUGUCGAUAUCAACGCCUACCAACGAGGCCUUACCAUAUCACCUCCAUCAAGAAUUACCAACUUCCAUCCCUAUCCGCGCCGGAAAAAGGUUUUGCAAGAAUUAUCUAGCACCGAGGGCACGGAAAGCAUAGUCGAAGGAUCGACCAGCGAUUUGGAUGUGGUCUACGGUGCUCUCAAGAGGAUUUAUUGA